AUGUCGGAUUAUAACCCAUGUUGCUUCUGCCUUGGGAACGACACAGAUGUGCCACCAUUCGGUAGGCUCUCAGAUGCGCAGGCAUUCGUAAAUCCCUGCUCCAGAUGCUCACUUACCACUCACCGUAAAUGCUUGCUAGAUUGGUUUAGUUCUCUUCCCUCCGAUAAAUUGAAGGUGGUGGAUGCCCUGAUAUCGAACAGACGAGCUGCCGAGUCCGAUGGCGAGUCCCAUGGUGAGAGUGCCGAUCUGAAUGACGAUGGGCUCCUCAACCAGAACGAAGGGAUCAAUGAUAAUGAGGACGGUGAAAACUUCCAAGUAUUGAUUUCACCGCAACAAAUCAGUACAUGGAUUAACAGCUUGAUUGCGAGCUUUGGGGUAAACUUCGAUCCAGCCACUUUGGAGGGAUCCUUUGUGUUGUUGCUGGCAUCCUGCCCUCAGUGUAAAGGUGACAUCACCUUCAGUAUGAAGAGAUCUCAGAUAUUGAGUUUGAGUUCAAGCGCAAGAACCGCUUUGACUAGAUCAACUCAGUAUUUCUGCGUAGCAACCGUAGUAGUGUCAGCAGUCACCGGGGUCUUCUCUCUCACAUACGUCGCCUUGACGGACUGUGGACUCAGAAUUAUGAACAGCUUAGUUCCCGGUCCGUUGCUAGUCAAGAUGCUACAAAAGCCGGCCACUGCCAACACCAUUUCGCUGAUUCUUGACUUCAAUGCUUAUUCGUUUGAUAACCUUGAACUGGCACUUUCCAAGGGUGUAAUAGACCCAUUCAAGUUUUCCCGCAUUCCUAUGUUGCCCAUCAUGUUGUACAGAAUGAGGUCGAGCUCCAUGAUAUCGUGUUUGCUUGGGAUAACAACCCCAAACUUGACCAAUUCUGGCUCUACCUCAACUUCAUCUUCGAUGUCGUACAAUAAUCUGUCACAUACCUGGUUAACUGAGAUAAUGAUCAAUGGAUACAUUUCUUCGCUUGGUAACCACAAACUAAUCAAGUCAUUGGUGAACAAUGUCCUUAAUAAAGACACUUUAUUCAAGGGGGUUGAUUUCUGGAAUGUGAAUAAUAUGAUUUCACUCUUGAUACCACUCAGAUGGCUGUACGACUUAUUUUACCGUUUAACGAUAAAUCGACUCCAUUUUAACUUGGCAAUGAAGAUCCGCCCGAGGGACAUUGCCAAUAGCUUAUCUCCAGCAGAGUUUGAAAGAUUGGAGGAAUACGAUUCAAAAUUGUCAACGUAUACUAGCGAUUUCCAAUAUCUCAAGAAGCAGUCGGAAUUGUUUGUAGAAAGACAGUAUGCUGAAUCAUCAUCUUCCUCCAUAAUCACCUCCAUGGUCAAGUCAGCGAAGAAAAAGUUGCACUACUAUGGAUCAUGUCGUAAAACAGACAUUCCUCAACAAUACUUAAGAACCAAACUAUCAGCUUGGCUCUUAGAAACGAAGGCCUGUUUUGAUAAUGAUUAUUCAACUACCUUGCUUUAUAAAUCGUUCACUUUGAGGUGCAUGACAACUAUAUUGUGGCCAUUCAUAAGCUCGAAAUUGGGUGGUGUCAUAUAUAAUUACGUCUUGAAGAGUUCUUCAAGUAGCAUACCAAGAAACAAGUUGAUAUUGCUUGCCAAUAUAAUUGGGUUAGUUGGUGUUGUGUUCCUAAAAGACUGCGUCAAUCUUUACCUAUGCUUGAAAAAGGCACAGCAAAUUUCUAAUAUGGUUGUGAUAUAUGACCUGGAUGAAAAUAAAAGAAGAAAGAAGAAUGGAGGUACUCAGGAUCAUUCAAGUGAGCAAGAGCCUGAACCUUACAUGUUGAAUUUCCCAGGUGGAUAUUCAAUGAGUAUACGAUUAAGAUAG